UUGAGGUGAGUCAUGAACGCGGCAUCUUAAAGUUGAACCUGUCAACAAGUAGUUUUUUUUCCGCAAGUGUUCCAUGGCGUCUCAAAAACCGUGAGUCAAAUCAGCAGUCACCAGCUCCGACGUUCACACUGCUGUGAAGACCAAAAGUGUAUUCGACGCUCACAAAAAUAAGAACACACACUCAAGUACGCUAAUGUCGGCGCUGGACAGGCCGGUGACGGAGCUGACGGUGUUGGACGUGUAUGACAUUGCGGCGGCGCUAGCUCAGGAGUUCGAGCGGACCAUUGACAGGUUCGGCUGCGAGGCCCUGGUCGGCGUGGUUCCCAAGGUGGUGCACGUUCUGGAGCUCUUGGAAAAGCUGGUGAGCCGCGGUGCUGCCGGGCGGGAGGCCGACGACGAGCUGCGGGAGGAACUGCUCCGUCUGCGGCAGGAGCGCAGCGACAGGCACGCUCAGGAGAGGAAGCACCACCAGGAGUUGGAGCAGGUGGAUGACAUGUGGCGGGCAGAAGUGCAAGACCUUCUCUCGCAGAUCACUCAGCUUCAGGCCGAGAACAAGAAGCUGCUGGACACAGGAUGCCAUUUGAUUAUGCAGGUGUACCUAAUGAAGUGUCCUGCUCACUUCCUACGCCUCCAGUCAGGGAUGUCAGAGAAGGAAAGGCAGGUGAAGAAGUUGACAGACUUGGUGGACAAACAGCGGGAUGAGCUCCGAGCUAAAGACCACGAACUGACACUGAGAAACGACGACAUUGAGGCGCUCCAGAUGCAGCAGCAUCGCCUGAUUAGGAUCAACCAGGAUCUCCGUCACAGGCUGGGCGUGAUGGAGGCGCAGAGCAAGGCGAUCAUGCAGCAGCGAGCUGAGCUGCAGGCGGCGGCGCAGGCCCGUCAGCAGCAGAUGGCCGCCGUGCAACUGGAGGCCAGGUGUCUGAGGAUGGAGCUGCAAGAGUGUGAGUUGGAGAGAGAGGUGGUCAAGAUGGAGGCAAACUGCUGCUCUUCCACAUAUGGCUCCACGUUGUCUUCAUCGCCGCAGUUGAGGAACGUGGCGCCGGCCGACUCAGUCAAGCAAAAUUCGGUCUGGGUGGAGUGUGGAGGAGAUCCUGGCUGCUCGGAGCUCCACAUCACCAGCUCAGCGAGCCGAGAAAUUAAUGUCAGCACCAGCGACCGAGAGGGGGACGUGCCCACGCUGUUUCUGGAGGAGGCCAGAGAGGAGACAGACAUCCUGGAGCAGGAGUCCGAUGCUCCUCGCUUCACCUCGCAGGAGCUUCGUGAUGUCCUGCAGGAAAGAAAUGAACUGAAGUCUCAAGUGUUCCUCAUGCAGGAAGAACUUGCUUAUUAUAAAAGUGAGGAGUUUGAGGAGGACAUGCUUGUCUGUGCUUCAGCUUCACCUUCUCCACCAUGCAGCGCCUCCCCUGAUCUGCCCGAAUCAGGAAUUCGACGCCUAAUCUUCACCGCCAUCAUGCCCAUGGUUGCUGCCGGUUUAAUCGCAGACGAUCCCACAUUGUUGCCCAUCCGGCGCCUCGUUUCGUUAGUAUGACCUUUUAAAGAAUUCUCUAGAAUUUGUAUUUUUACAUUAAAGUUAAAGUACCAAUGAUUGUCCCACACACACACACACACUUACACACACACACACACACACACACACACACACAAAGUGUUGUGAAAUGUGUACUCUUCUUUUUACCCCUCCCCUUGAUCACCAUCUGGGAGGUGAGGGGAGCAGUGGGCAGCAGUGGUGCAGCACCCGGGGAAUCAUUUUUUAGUGCCAAGCAGGGAGGUAAUGGGUCCCGUUUUUAUAGUCUAUAGCAGGCCUGGACAAUUAUUUUGACUCGGGGGCCAAAUUUAAAGGAAAAAUGUGUCUGGGGUCGGUAUAUAUGUUGUUAGGAACACUAAUACAAAACCGCACAAUAAUGUCUGAUUGAAUGCUAAAGGCUGCCUUAAAAAACGGAAUGGAAUUAAAAUCGUUUUUACUGAAUGAGACACCCAGAAUCUACAUGUAAAUAAAGAAUGUGGGAUUUACAAUAUUCACUUUGAACGACAAAACACUGAAUAUUAACAACACAUGACAUAUUUUACAAUCAUGUUAAAACGCAACAAAAAUGCAACAAACUGCGAAAUAUGAACGCAAAGGGUAAAAAAAAAACCCACCUACAAUCUGACAUAUUUGAUAUAUCACUAAGUGUGGGGGCUAGUACAUCUGUUGUUAGGAACACUAUUACAAAACCUCACAAUAAUGUCUGAUUAAACCUGACCCCAAAAGGGACAAGCGGUAGGAAAUGGAUGGAUGAAUGCUAAAGGCCGCCUUAAAAAACGGAAUGGAAUUAAAAUAGUUUUCACUGAAUGAGACACCCAGAAUGUACACGUAAACAAAGAAUAUGGGAUUAACAAUAAUCACUAUGAACGAUAAAACACUGAAUAUUACAACAUAUGACAUAUUUUACAAUCAAGUUUAAACGCAGAAAAAAUGCAACAAACAGCAAAAUAUAAAUGCAAAGGAUAAAAAUAAAACCCACCUACUUUCUAAUAUAUGUGAUAUAUCACUAAGUCUGGGGGCCGGUAUAGCUUUUGUAAGGAACACGAAUACAAAACCUCACAAUAAUGUCUGAUUGAACGCGACCUAAAAAGGGACAAGCGGUAAGAAAUGGAUGGAUGAAUGCUAAAGGCCGCAUUAAAGAACAGAGUGGAAUUAAAAUUAUUUUUACUAAAUGAGACACCCAGAAUGUACAUGUAAAUAAAGAAUGUGGGAUUUACAAUAUUCACUAUGAACGAUAAAAGACUGAAUACUGACAAUUUAUGACAUAUUUUACAAUCAAGUGAAAAUGCAACAAAAAUGCAACUAACAGCGAAAUAUGAAUGCAAAUGGUAAAAAAAUCCCACCUACAAUCUGAUAUAUGUGAUAUAUCACUAAGUCUGGGGGCCUGUAUAUCUGUUUUUAGGAACACUAUUACAAAACCUCACAAUAGUGUCUGAUUGAACGCAACCCCAAAAGGGACAAGCGGUAGGAAAAUGGAUGGAUGGAUAGAUGGAUGAAUGAAUGAAUGAAUGCUAAAGGCCACAUUAAAAAACGGAAUAGAAUUAAAAUAGUUUUUACUAGGGCUGGGCGAUAUCUCCUCUUUUUAAUAUCGCAAUAUUUUUAGGCCAUAUCGUGAUAUACGAUGUAUAUUACGAUAUCUUGCCUUGGCCUUGAAUGAACACUUGAUGCAUAUAAUCACAGCAGUAUGAUGAUUCUAUGUGGAUACAUUAAAACAUUUUUCUUCAGACUGUA